AUGGGUUUACUCGGCGGUAAUUUGGAUUAUGAUCAUGAGGAGUUUCAUAAUGGGCACUCGUUGUCGAGGCGUAGCGGGAUCUCUGGAGUUAUGACAUUAUUCGUGUCAUGGUGGCGACUGGAACAGUUCGAGGUCGUGGAAAUGGAGUACUCGAUCGCAUUCAGCAAGAGAGCGAAGAGUGAGUGGAGAAGUUUGGAGUUCCUGGCAGCCAGGGAAAAUUGA